AUGACUGGAGUAGAGGCGACUGGUUCAGGUAACUUGGUUAUGGGUUGCUGCUUGAUAGCGGGUGUGUCUUGUUGUGUAUUGUAUGAUUCUAAAGCGACGCACUCCUUUGUGUCAGAUGGUUGUGUGAAACGUCUGGGACUGCCAGUAUGCGAGCUUACGGUGUCUACUCCGGUGUCGGGAUUGGUCACGACGUCGUCUUUGUGUGCUAGGUGUCCGGUGGAGGUAGAGGGACGCAGGUACAAGGUAAAUCUAAUCUGCCUGCCUCUGCAAGACUUAAAAGUGAUCUUAGGGAUGGACUGGCUCUCUACCAACCGCAUCCUUAUAGAUUGCCGGGAGAAGAGGUUGUUGUUUCCCGACUUUGAGGAGCUUGAGUUGGUGUCUCCUCAGGGAGUGGUGAAGGAGAUCCAAGGAGAGAGAAAGGGAACUUCAGUGAUACCGGUGGUGCAUGAGUUUGAAGACGUGUUUUCGGAUGAAGUACCAGGGUUGCCUCCCAGUAAAGAGGUGGAGUUCUCUAUUGACUUGGUACCGAGAACGGGUCCGGUAUCGAUGGCUCCAUAUCGUAUGGCUCCGGCAGAAUUGGUGGAACUCAAGAAACAUAUAGAAGAGUUGAUGGAGAAAUAG